AUGUUCAUCCUUCUUCCUAACACUAUUAGUUAUGCUAUAACUUUAUUACAUCGGAUUAGUGAACUAUAUAUGCGAUGUAUAUAUAAAUAAAAUUGAGACAAAUCCGUCAAAGCAACCCUAUUGAAUUCAAAGACCAGAACAAAAGAAAUUGAGAGAUUGAUGCAGAGUGGUCGUUCGGUCGCUUGAUUCCGAAAUAUUGAGAAGAAAACCCACAAAAAUCCAACUCAAAAUCGAAGACCGCGACGAGCUUGAACAAUCACGCAAAUCUCAACCUCCCACCACCAGCACCACUGCCACAACAGCUUCGUCAUCCUCUCUCCUCCACCUUAUAGACCCAAAACACAAAAACCCUUCUUCCAAAUCCGACAGAAUCGGCCUCUCCUGAAAACUUCCAUGGAAGUCGAAGUCAAGCUCCGUCUCCUAACCGCCGCUGCUCAUCUCCGUCUCACCACUCUCCUCACUCCUUUUCACCUCAAAACCCUUCACCAACGCAAUAUCUUCUUCGACACACCCAAAAACGAUCUCUCCCUCCGGCGCGCCGUCCUCCGCCUUCGCUUCCUCCAAAACGCUGCCGCCGUUUCUGCUCCGCCUCCUCGUUGUAUCGUCUCCCUCAAGGCGAAACCGACUCUGGCUAAUGAGAUUAGCCGUGUGGAGGAAGAUGAAGAGGAGAUCAACUAUGGCGUUGGUAAAGAAUGUGUUGAUUCACUGGAUAAGCUCUCAGCCGUUGGAUCUAGGGUUUUGAAAAGGGUUCAAGAGGAGUAUGGGUUUAAAGACUUUCUAGGGUUUGUUUGUUUAGGUGGGUUUGAGAAUGUUAGGAAUGUGUAUGAGUGGAGAGGUGUCAAACUUAAGGUUGAUGAGACCAAGUAUGCUUUUGGGAAAUGUUUUGAGAUUGAAUGUGAGACAGAAGAACCAGAGCGUGUUAAGACCAUGAUUGAGGAGUUUCUUACAGAGAACAAGAUUGAGUUCUCCAAUUCGGACAUGACAAAGUUUGCUGUUUUCCGGUCAGGAAAGCUUCCUUGACAUGGUGGGAGGAAGAGUGGUUUCUUGGUUCACGGAUUUCGGGCUUCAGCAUGAUCAACUUAAUUAUAGUGAUUGCCAUUUGCAAGAAUAUUUACUAUUGAACUAGAUGAUCACAGUUUGUACUAUUUUCUCAAUGUCUUGUCAAUCUCUUUAAGUACUAAGGAUUGGUUCAUGAGCCUUAAUAUUAUUUUGGAAUUGGUUUUUCU